AUGGCAACACAAAGCUGUAUGCUGUUCUUUCUCAUUCUUGGCUUGGCGGCUAGUAAUGUCGUAGCCAUUGCUAUACCAAGCCAUAAGAUUCAAUCUCUUAAUCGAUCUAGUUUUCCUCGAGGUUUCAUUUUUGGGUCAGCAUCAGCAGCUUACCAGUACGAAGGUGCAGCUUUUGAAGGUGGCAAAGGACCAAGCAUAUGGGAUGCAUUUACGCAUAACUUUCCAGGUAAGAUAAGAGAUCAUAGCACUGGAGAUGUGGCUGUGGAUCAAUAUCAUCGCUACAAGGAAGACGUUAAGAUCAUGAAAGACAUGGGCUUAGAUUCCUACAGAUUUUCAAUCUCAUGGCCAAGAAUAUUGCCAAAAGGAAAGCUAAGCGGGGGAGUGAAUAAGGAAGGAAUCAAAUACUACAACAACCUCAUCAAUGAGCUCCUUGCAAAUGGCUUGAAACCCUUUGUAACUCUCUUCCAUUGGGAUACUCCUGAAGCCUUAGAUGUUGAGUAUAAUAGUUUUCUGAGUCCUCGGAUUGUGAAAGACUUUGUGGACUUCGUAGAUGUUUGUUUCAGGGAAUUUGGAGAUAGAGUUCAGCAUUGGAUCACAAUAAAUGAACCAAAUAUCUUUACUAUAGGUGGCUAUGCCAAAGGAAUUAAUGCACCAAAUAGAUGUUCAGCUUGGAUGAAUUUCAAUUGUACUGAUGGAGAUUCAUCAACAGAACCCUAUUUGGUAGGACACAAUUUGAUUAAAUCUCAUGCUGCUGCUGUAAAAUUAUACAAGACAAAAUAUCAGGCAACUCAAAAGGGCGUAAUAGGGAUCACAAUAGCAUCGCACUGGUUUGUGCCAUAUUCUAAAUCCCCACAGGACCAUGCUGCUGCACAAAGAUCACUAGAUUUCUUGUACGGAUGGAUUAUGGAUCCAAUAGUUUUCGGCCACUAUCCACGAUCGAUGAGAGUUAAUGUCAGAAACCGAUUACCCAGAUUUACCAAGAAGGAAUCUGAAACAAUAAAGGGGUCAUUUGAUUUUAUCGGAUUGAAUUACUAUACUGCUUUCUAUUCAGCCAAUUUGCUUGCAUCUAAUAUUACAAAUUCAAGCUACUUGACGGAUAGUCAUGCCAGUAUUAGCAGUGAUCGUAAUGGAGUUCUUAUAGGUCCAGCGACAGGAUCGCCUUGGCUCCAUGUUUAUCCGAGAGGAAUUCAAGACCUUUUGCUCUACACGAAGAGGACAUACAAAAAUCCUGUUAUUUAUAUCACGGAGAAUGGCGUAAGUGAUUUAAAUGAUGAGAAUUCAAUGCUUAAGGAAGUCCUAAACGACACCAUGAGGAUCGAUUACUACAAUCGCCAUCUCUAUUUCGUGAAUUUAGCAAUUGGGUAA